CUUUGGAGGCCUUCAUCUCUGCUGCCAAGCAGCUACCACAGGAAGACUCGUGUGAUGUCGUCGAGGGCUACAUCAAGAUUUCCAUGGAGUGUGCAGAAAUUUUCCAGCUCCUGAGUGGAGAGAAGCGGCCUGAGAGUGAAAUGCUGUUAAUAUUUCAAGUUUUUGAGGCCAUAUUAUUGAGGACAGCCAGUGAUCUUGCGCAUUUCCACGUGGUGGGUAGCAAUGUUGUAAAGAAGCUACUGAACAACCACAUGAAGCUCCUGUGCGAAUCCCUGUAUGCAUCUGGUUACAGGUUGGCUCGAGCCUGCCUGGACCUGAUGACUGCCAUGGUGACCCAGGGUCCUGAAGCCGCCAGGGAUAUGUGCAGCUGUUUUGAUUUGAAUAAAAAAGCCUUGUAUACCCUGGUGACCAAGAGAGAUUCAAAGGGCGUGCAUGACGUCCGGUUGGCCUACAUCCAGUUUGCCCUCUCCUUCCUAAUUGCGGGCGAUGACAACACUAUAGGUCAAGUCCUGGAACUAAAAGAAUUUAUCCCCUGCAUAUUUAGCUCAGGCAUAAAGGAGGAUAAGGUUUCUACCAUCAACAUGUUGUUGUCUACACUGAAAACAAAGGUAAUUUACAAUAAAAACAUCACAAAAACCCAGAAGGUGCGUUUCUUUACGGGGCAGCUUCUGAACCACAUAGCUUCUCUCUACAACUGGAAUGGGAUCACAGAUGUUGCUCCAGAAAACCCAGAGAGCACCGAGGUGUCUGCUGAAGAGGCGGGGAAAGCCAUGGUGAGGGACCUCGUUCAUAACUUCCUGAUAGAUCUCUGUUGUUCUCGCAAACAUGGGAUUUGUUUUUAUGACGCCUCAUUGGGAACUUCUGGCAGGGGAGGCAACCUGACGCUUCUGCACUUCUUGUUGAGUUUGAAAACUGCAGCUGGGGAUGAGCUGGUGGCCACUCUGGUAGUGAACAUUCUGAGGGUGUGCCCAGACCUGCUGACCAAAUACUUCAAGGAAGUCACAUUCUCCUUUCUCCCAAGAGUGAAGUCCACGUGGCUGAACAAUGUGAAGCUGCUGAAUAAGAUCUAUGAGGCCCAGCCAGAGAUUUCCCGAGCCUUUUGGACCAGAGAGUUUAUCCCCUUGCCCAGGCUCCUGGCAAUGGUGAUGGUGACCACAGUGCCUCUGGUGUGCAACAAGAUCAUGUUCACUCAGGCAUUAAAUUUGGACAGCAUACCUGUGAAACAGUCGGCCUUAUCCCUGAUUUCAGUCAUUUUGAAGAGAGCAUUGAAAACAGUUGACCACUGUCUGGAUAAAGAGGCCUGGCAGGACUCAGGCGUGUACACAGCUGAGGUGAUGGAAGAAUUUGUCCAGCUCUUCAGAGAAGCCUUGGGUAAGAUUUUGCCAGAUCUCAACACGGUUAUUUGGGUCUGGCAGUCAUUUAAAAAACAAGAGAUCCAGCAGGACCAUGGGAAAGGGAAGAAGAGCAAUAGCAAGACUUCUGCUGCCUCUAAGGCUGCCCAGCAUGACGAUGCCGAAACUAUUCUUCUGAAAGCUGCUCUGCUCCAGGUCAUAUGCCUCUACCAACAGGUUGUUCCCCACAUGGUCAUGCAGUACAACUUUGACUUCAGCAAACUCCUAAAAGGCAUCGUCUCUGAGCAGGGCCCUCUUCCCGAGCAGGUCCCUCCCAUUUUGCAGCACCACAUGCUCAAGGUGGCCCUGGAACUGCCUGCUAACAAGUUUAUGUGGCUAAAGGCACAGGAAGGCCCCGAUGCAGAAAUCAUUGGAGGAGAACGCUCGGUUUUUUACCUAUUGAUGAAGAUGUUUGUGAAUAGUAGCCAUUUACAGCUCAAGUCAUCCACUAAACUUCUGAUUAUUAAGAUUCUUCGGGACACAGGUGUGUUCGAACACACGUGGAAAGAGUUGGAGCUGUGGCUGGAGCACCUGGAUUGCACUGCAGAAGAGCACAAGGAAACUGUUAUCCAGUUCCUGGAGCGGAUUUUACUGACACUGGUGGUAAGUCCUUACUCGUACACGGACAAGGCUUCUGAGUUUGUUCAGGAAGCCAGCACCCUGCAGGCCGCCGUGGGGAAGCAAGACACAGAUGAUGCCAGCAUUCCUAUCUCCCACAUCGAUGAUGUGCUGGACAUGGUGGAUGUCCUAGUGGAAGGCAGCGAGGGCCUGGAUGAGGACAUCGGAUUCUUGUUAAAUGAAGACAUGAUUCUGCUCACCUUCCCCUUCAGUGCUCUGGUCCCUGCAGCUCUGGAAGCCAGGAAUAAGCUGCUCCUUGGGACAGAAAGUAAAGCAGGGGAAAGCAUCAUGGCGUAUCUGAUUGCGGUGCUGACUGACCUUCUCCAUACCCAGAGGGACCCCCUAGCUCUGUGUCUUAUGCUCCAGUCUUAUGACAAGUUUGAGCCUGCCAACCUGCUCUGCUGUCAGCAGCUUGCCCAGUUUCACAGAUACUACAGCCUCUGGAUUCCUGAGCAGGCCCAGGAGGUCUUGCCACUGCAGGUGCCCAACAGCUCUGCACCCCAUGUCCCGCCAUCAUCAUCUUGCUUUUCCACCCUGCUGCAAGCAUCCUAUGAGAGCCACACACUUGGGGACAAGAACAUUCAGACACAGCUGCUAGCUGCCGUCCCGUGUCUAGCUCUGCAGCAGGUACUGCGCGCAGCCACACAGGUGCUGCUGUACCUCAGGAGCACUGUGGAGAGCUUCAGCCAGCUGGGCAAAAGUGUGGGCCCAAGCCUUCUGCAGCUCCUCCUGGAUCUCCUUAAGCACCUGGUUGUCCACGCUGAGCAACUGGAUGCCCAGAACCAGCAGAAGGCAGAGGCCGCCCGUGCUGAGUCUGAUCUCUUUUUGGACAUGGAGUGUGUUGCUUCACUUGAGUUGGCCACUGACAAGACAGUAGAGGAGGUGCUGGUGGCCGUCCUUAAGCAUCCCACACUGGAGAGCUGGUUUCUAGCCCUGGAGCGGAAAGCCGUGCCUCCACACACACUCAGCCCCGUCCUUGUGAAGCUCCUAGCGGCCCACCUGAGUGCAGGCGUCCUUCAGCUGCUGGUGGCAUGUUCCCCAAUUCUCCAUAAACUGGGUCACUUGGGCCUCCUGGCAAAGUACUCAGAAGCCAUCACCCAAAGUGUGUUGAGAGAGCUGCGCACCAGGACUGUCAACUCUGCCACAACACCCAAGACCCUGCCUCAGCUGGAGGCCCUGCGGGAGCUGUAUCCAUACAUGGAAAGUGUCCAGAUCCGAGAGGUCACCCUGGCCCUGCUGAGCCUACCAGAGGCCCACCUGCUGACCCAGCCAGCCACACCGUCUCCAGGAAAGGAAAAACAACUGAGCAGUCUUGGGAAGACCCUGGUGCAGCUGCUGGCAAGCAGCCCCCAGGAUCAGCUGCAGAGCAGUGAGCUCCUCUGGUGGGCCGAGUAUGUUCGAGGCCUGGGGGCUCUGCUCCCCUCUCUGGCUGAGCAUGAGCUGGACGCUGUGUUCCUUCAGACUCUGCAGAGAGACCCUGUGCUGGCCCCUGUGGUCCCAGUUGACCUACUUGAGUACUGCCUAGUCCGACGGACAAAGGCAUCCCUGGGUAUUGCCAGCCUGCUUCUGCAACACAGCAGCACCCACCUACUGAAGUUUGAGCUAUGGUGUGGGCAGCCUGGUGUGGGGCUCUUGCAGGAGCACCUGGAUGACUUCCUCCCCCUUAUCCAUGUGUAUCUCCAGCAUAGGACACAAGGAUGCUUCACGAGGCCAACAGGAGUGUGCUCUGCUGUCACUCCUGUCUUGAAGGCCCUAUGGAGAAAAGUGCGACACAGGCUUGUUCAUCUUGAUGGGCUCUCCAAAUAUGAGCUCCAUCUGGAGUCCCUGGCCCAUCUCAUUCCAUUUGCAAGAACCAAAGACCUCCGUGCUCUCAUGGACCAUUUACCCAGCUUGCUUCGGACUCUGAGUAGUCACAAGAGCUGGAUCGUGGCCGACUCUGUCUCAGCAGCCUUGGCAGAGUCAGCAGAAGAGCUGAGUGCCUGGAGGAAGACCCUCCUGGGGUCCUGUAUGCAGUGGCUGGUUGUAUCCUUCAGUGACAGGGAGCCAGGAGAUGAAAACAUCCAGGAGCAAGAGAAGCCAAUGCUGCUCCGAGUAAGCGAGUUAUUGCAUGCACUUAAAGAUGUUGACCCUGGUGACUGGCAGCAGUUUGUGAAGACAGGACUCAAAUUUCGGUACCAGGACCUCACCUUUUUGAAGACUCUGCUUGGUGCCAUGAAGCUCCUGUAUCGUCCAGAAAACUCUGUGCACACAAAACUUGUCCAGCUUCCAGUGGUACACAUGAUGCUCACCCAGCAUUCUCUGUUUUUGCCAACCAUGCUGACAUCUGAAGAAGUGGAAAAUGUGGACAGUCAAGUAAAAGAGACCCUGGUGGACCUGAUGUCCACAGUGGUGAAGAUGUGCCCUUCGGUCUGUGAGAGCAGCCACUUUGCUGUGCUCCUUGGGACCUACAGUGCCACCCUCAGUGUCUUGGACCAGAAGAUUUUACUUCUCCUUCGGGCAUAUGAACAGAACAACCUUAGUCUCAUCAGCUUCAGGGUUCUGCUAUGGGGCCCAGCAGCUGUGGAACAUCACAAGACAUGCCGAAGCCUAGGAAAGUCACUCUGGCAGCAGCCAAGCGUUGGGGACAUCCUCCGCCUGCUGGACCCUGACCGUGUGAUGAGGACCAUUCUGCAUUUCCCACAGGCCCGGAGGCUGCUGCCCCCUGAGGUGUGCUCUUGCUCUUCUGCCCUCCCCCUUGCCAUUCCAACUUUGACAACUUAAGUGAGUCAGUUAUCUCCUCCCGCCAGCCUCUAUGACCCCUGCUUUCUUCUCCAUCUCUUUGGGGAAUUGACCAGGCCAGAGUUUGUGGUGGAUUGUCGAAAAUUUUUGGAUUCAAACGCUCUGGGUCUGACUGUCGCAGCCCUCAGCAGCUAUGAUCCCCAGAUGCGCGCUGCCGCCUACUAUGUCCUAGCAGCCUACUACUCUCACCUGGAGGGAGCUCGCUUCCGGGAACAGGCCCAGGUUCUGUACCUGUUGGAUGUUGUCCGUAAUGGAAUUAAAGCUCCGAACCUGAGGCUCCCCUUUACCCUGGCUCUUUUCAUUGCCAAGGCAGCACUACAGAUCUUGAAACCAGAGGAGCACAUGUACUGGAAGAUCAGCAAGUUCCUGCUGUCUCACGAGAACCUGAACAUGGACAAACUGCCAGGCUUCUACCAGUUCUUCUACAGCUCUGACUUCCAGCAAAAAACUGAACAAGAAUGGGUGUUGGGAGUUCUGCGUCAGGGGAUUAGGGACAAGCAAUGCUAUGAGCUGUGCUCCAGGAGAGGGGUGUUCCACAUCAUCCUGGCCUUCUUCAGCAGCCCCUUGUGUGACGAAGUGGCUCAGAAUUGGAUUCUGGAAAUUCUGCAGAAUGUUGCCCUCAUCACCAGAUCUGCCUAUGAAAUCAUACGUGACUAUAGCCUUUUAACAUGGAUUUUACACAUCCUGGAGAGCAGGUUUGUGGAGACUCAGCUGCUCUCCAACGUGAUCUCCUUGCUACACACCCUGUGGGUGACCAACCUGGGUAACAAAGCACCAGAGCAAGGGGUGCAGCCAACGUGCCAGCCUGGCUCCCACGAGUCCCAGAAGAUGCUUGCCCUGCACAUUGUAAACGAGUUCCUGUAUGUCCUCAUGGAACUUACAAAGCACCUGAGGCCAGCCUUGACCUCUGCCCAGCUGAUCAACUUCUUUUGGACUCUCGAGUCUGUGCUGAGUUAUCGGGCCACCAUCCUAAAGACCUUCAAGGACAUGGGUCGAUUCACUGUGAACAAGGUGACACUUUCCACCAAAGAUGUCCUAGUCCUCUUACAUAAGUGGAGCCUCAUUGAAAGAGACACAAAGCUCCAAGGAGCCCUGAAAGCCAUCAUUGAGCAGCACCAAGACAAGGACCUAAUGAAAAUGCUCAAGGAUAAGAACAAGCCAGUAACAGCUUCCCAUGCCAAAGGCCCACGAGGCCGAAAGAAGAGGCCUGGAGAAGUGGAAGAGACUGCUGAGCCUGAGCUGGAAGCAUCUAGUUUGGAGACGUGCAAGAACCUCCUAAAGUCCACACUGACUCACUGGGGUCCAGUUGUCCCCAUCCCUGAACCCACUCAGGAGUCUGUGGGCCAGGCUACCCCCAGAAGUGAAACACUGGGCUCUACGCAUGCUGCUCUUUCCUUGGUGGCCAACUGGGUGCUGCGGUCAUUGGCUGAGUGUCCCCUCAGCAGGGCAGCGGCCACAAGACUCCUUGAUUGGCUCAAGAGCCACAUUUUGCCACAUCCAGUGGUGGUAGCAGAUCUUCUCAGGGACAGUGCUGUGAAAAGUGGCAUCUUGAGGCUGUACAGUCACCACUGCAGUACCCAGGGCCUGGUAGGGCCUGCACAGGAUGUGGCCUGCGAGUUCAGCACUGUCAUGCUGCAGUUGUUGGUGGCCCAGGGCCAGAUAGAUAGUCCUUUCCACCCAGUGGUGCAGGCCCUGUGCCUUGAUUGCCUGAACGAAAAGAAUGAAGCCAAGCGAGCUUCUUCAGCAUUCCUGGUGUCUCUGUACAUUAAGGACAUCUGGCUGGGGGCCCAGCAGCCAGACACCUUCCUCGCUCAUGUCAGAAUGAUCUGUGAGGCUGUAAAGGACAGGCCUCGUGGUGAGGAGGAGGACAUUGUUGUGCUCUGCAAGGACAUCAACUCUGACUCUUGACCUGCCCCUGCUGACCAGCGAGCACUCCAGUGGGCCACGGUUCCCAGAGGUGUGAGCUGACACACUGAGGUGUUUGCCAGCAAGGAAGCUUAGGAGGACUUAAUGAACUGACCAACAAGAGUAGCAGGUGUUGACCUUGUCAUCAGAGUUGUAGUGACCGGGGCACUGCUGGGCCAUGAGGCCCUUGGAGGGUUUGUUCGAAUAGCUGCCAUCCCCUUGUCCCGGAGCUCCUGACAGAGGAAGCUCCCUAAGUGGUGCUCGUAAGUACAGAAUGGAUUCAUGGAUUCAAGCUGAAAUGUGAACACUUGUGUCUUGGGGUGCACAUGACCAGUGUUUCAGUUGUCUCUGUGAGAAAUCGUAAGGUAUCUUCUGUGACGGAAUGAGCAAGCUCCUGCCCGAGUUUGCUGUUUUAUUUAAGUGUGUUGUAUUUUUUAAGUUAUAUUUCAAAGAAGAUUUUGAGUUUUAUACUGUUUUGAUAAUAAAUAGCUAUUUUUGUGGGUCA